AUGUCGUCUACUAUAUUACCUUUUCUUUACCAGACCCGCACGCUCCAGCGGGCUUCAUGGCGGACAUUCUCCACCAUCUCGGUCAUGCGCUACGCCCAUGCGAACCGACCUCGAUCGACAAGACACGACAUGUCCGACUCGAUCCCCUUUGAAUGGGACCAAGAAGCGCCGUUCCCUUCUGAUUACAGCCGUACCGAGAGCGACAUCAGCUCCCGAUCUCUUCGAAACGAGCCGAGUCUGACUCUCUCUCCACGUGAGGCCCACGUGUUCAAGAGCAUCUUUGAGGAGAUCGCUCAGGGCAGGAUGCCCCCCUCACCACCUCCUCGUCCAGGCGGCGACAAGGGCUACUCGCAGUGGACGUCUGAUCGCCUGCGAGAGCAUGAGCGUAUGACCGAAUUCCGCGACAAGUACCUCGAAAAGUUCCCCGACAGUCUACGACAGGCAGGCAAGGCUGCCCUGGGCAUGUUUGACCUGCGUGCGAGCGACAAAGCCAUCGAGGACAUGACGGAAGAAGAGAAGCAGCUGUGGGCCGAGCGCCAACGUAACCAGCAGGUCCGCGAGGACGAGAAGCGCCGAGUCGAAGGGCUGAUGCGUCAAUGCAAGACGGAUUUUGAGCUGUGGGACGUCAUGGGCAAGGAAGUCUUUUCACUGCCGGAUAAGCUGGGUAUUGUCCCGCCUAGAAAACAUCAGAGGAAGCACAAAAAGAAUAAGGAGAGUGCGGAUGAGAAGACUAUGGACGGAGAGCAGUACACGAUGGAGGUUCAUGGACCUCUGUUCUCGCACUACCUGCACUACGCGCUCAACCUGAUGGAAACGUCAUUUACACGCCCUUCGCCGUUCGCAUUCGAGAUACUCCCGCGCGUCAAGUCUCUCGGCCUCACGUCGUACGUCCUCGGCGCCACGACGCCCCUCUACACCUCUCUGGCCAGGAUGUACUGGGAGAGUUUUGCCGAUGCGCAGUCCGUGCUCGGGCUGGUGCAGGAGAUGAAUGCCUCGGGACUGCACCCCGACCAGGAGCUGUGCGAUUUGCUGAGGAGUAUCGGGCGGCAGAUUUCGGGUUGCACGCGGGGCAUACAGGGACCGUUUGUCGAGGCCAUGGCCAAUACGGCUUCGUACGAUGAGAAUGUCGUCGAUAGGUUGGAUGAUUUCGAGAGGAUGAUGCGGUUCCAAGUGAACCGGGCUCGGGAAUGA